AUCUGGCCUUUGUAGUGUCUGCGUGCGGCGGUGUGGUAACCCUUUCGCCGUGCUGUACGAGUACUUUACUGUACAUACAAUACAAUCACUCAACCUUGAUAUUUCUCCCUAUUUGCACCACCGUCACGUCGGGACGCUGCUUGAGGAGAAAUCAUCGCCAAGUCGAGUGAGGUUGCCGGUACAAUACUGGUACAUUGAGCCGCCCUCUGAAUAGCACAGCACAUCCCAAACACUCUCCUACGGAAUAUCGUAGGCCCCGGUAUUGUGCUGCGAUUUUCCCUUUUCUUUUUUGUCUCUCCCUCUCCCUCUCCAUCUCCCUCACUGUCUAACUCGCCGCCGCCGCCGCUUGUACUGUACACCGUCUUUUUGAGAGGGGAGUCCCGGACUCGUAGGCUCUGUUUGUUAACAGCAUCAUUUUUUACCCACCCUCGAGAACCAUUUGGUUGGGCAACUCGUGGGUCACUUUCACCCUUCCUUUAUUUAACCCAUACCGCACUCGUGUCUUCAAAAGUUGGCUGGCCGCCUGUGGGUUUUCGGGGGUAAUUCGCAAUUAAAUUCGGGCGAAUCCAGUCCAAUCAGUGGUUAUCUGCAGCCGCUUUCGCAAAUCAAAUCGGAUCAAGGUUUGUAUGGCCACUCUGGUACGGGCAGCUAUCAAUACAACAUACCGGUAGCUACUGAUACCCACACAACCGCCUCCCAUCACCAACCAUCUUCUUUGCUUCAACUCCCCAGACAUACUCGAGUACUUGUGCUCGUGCGAGACCCUUCUCUUGCUCGGAUAUAGUGGUUGGUGGUCUGUGUCCCUUGCAUCGACCGGAACGGCCGAAGCAGCAACUACGCAAGCAGUUCGCCCACAACUGAUAACCUUCACCGCUCCCCUCUCCUCCUCCUCUAGCUGCUCCUUACCCCCUUCACCACCACCCCUUCCAUAUACCCCCAUUCGUAUAUCAUCCCUUCCAUACGCGACACCACACCUUUACCCGCGCCGCCGUAUUAUUAUUUAUUUAUAAAAUACACUUGUUCCUGCUUCUUGCUACCUUUCUUGCCCUGCUUCUGCUCUGCAGCUCUUCCUCUGCUGCUACUUCAUCCGGAGGCGCGGCUUCAACCGGCUUUUCGGGUCAACUCAUAAACAAAGAAACCCUUGGUACUCACCACAAAUCGUGGCCACGCCGACACCUUCUCGUCGCUUACCCAACAAACCCCAUAAUAUCUUUCGCUGUCGGAAUAGGAAUACAAUAAGCUGGGCGAUCAUGGAUUCCGUUCGGCGGCAUUAACUACCAGCGCUGUCCCUCUCCUAUACCCGAUCUUGUUUUUCUCUUGACCGUUAAUCCACUUCGCGCGCUUCCCACUAUUUCCCUCUCCCGACGACCACUACGCAAUCAUGCUUGGUCGUCUAUUCUCAUCUGCGAAUUCAGCAGCCACAUCUCCUAACGGCACUCGCCCGUCAACCGCGGCCCCCGAGAGUGACGAUCUACACACCAGGAAUCUUCUCUAUCCCGAUGCAACUUGCUCCUCGUUCCAUUCCUCUCUGUCCUGCUCUCAUACCAGCAGCAGCAGUGGUGGUGGGUUCGGCGAGAACAUUGAUCUCGACUCUGAUCGAGAUGUGAGGGUUAUCAUCGCUCAAGAUGGUACAGCUGCCGAGCUGAAGGCCGUCUUGUACGACUCUCAACCUGUCCCGAGGAACGUGGGCCAACCACAGCCGGGGUUUGAAGACAACGGCCCUCUGUCGCCCGGGCUCGGAGGGCCCCACCACCGCUCCAGGCGACGUCCCAUGCCCCCGAAUCAUCCCUUUGGCGCCUCUUCGUAUCACCCAACCCAAAGUGCUUCCGGGGUGGCGCCUGAUCAUGAGAUGACGGUAUUGACGGAUUGUAUGUUUGGCUCGGCGCCAUUAGCAUAUAAGGGCCCCUCAACGAAGGUUCACAUACUUCCGACAGCAGAAGAGCGAAAAGGCAGGAUUCGAAAUAGUCCUGUUUCCUCAAGACGUGGAUCACUUCGAAACCUUUCUUCUGGCCCCCAACAACUGGAGACAGAGUCGCAUAAGGAUGGCCGCAAGGAAGUUUUGAUUACACGGCUGUUUUCAGUAGUAAUGCCUCCAAGCCCAACGUUUCCCAAUCCCCCUUCGGGCUCUAAAGACCAUACCUCUACACCCACAAGUUCGCCAGGAUCUCAACAUGGGUUUCCCUUUCCCAAAAUGGCCAAUAGCGCUCAGCCCGUAAGUGGACCUGCGGCUGCCGCAGCCAAGAUCGUCAAGCCACCCAAGACUUAUAUGUACGCUCUUGGUUUGAUCAUUUCAUUGCCCCCACCAGCCGUUUACAACCGCCCGUCGACAACUUCUUCUCUAUCUCUCAGUCAUAAGUGUUGCCAGCUAAGUACAUGUACAUCUUUCGAGCAUGAUCAUGGGCACCCCGACUUCCUGUGCUCAACACCUCCACCAUUUGACGACGGCCAUUUCCCACAGCACUCUCUUAAUAGUCUGAGGUCGGAUGCCGUGGUUGAUGACCUCCAGGCCCCUCCUUCGAUAGAUGACCGGAUGGAUUUGAUCACUAAGCACUGGGAUGUCAUCAAUAGAGCGCUCUCGGACCUACAAUGUGUUGCGCAAACUCAGAUUCUCAAUGUUUUGAACACCGCUGGCAUAACUUCCGCGCAGACGGUCUGUCAGAACGGAUUCAAGUACAGGAGGAGGAUUGAGCUAAAGCAAUGGGCAUUGAUGAGCGACGAUUGUGUGCGCGGGGAGGUGGAUAGGCUGCGCUGGAGGAUUGUGACAGGAAUUAAGGUUCCUAGGGUUAUUACCGGACAGGGAAAGUGGGGUGUGUGGAGGGACGAGGCGCAUUGGGCCAAUGAGCGAUUUGGAGGAAGGGAAAUGAAAUUUUUUUUCCUCACAUUACUGACCGCAUUUCUCGGCCACCACACGGAGUGGCUAGACGUCCUUGGCCCACUACCAUACAGGCGGAAGCACCAGCGGCAACAGCAGGUAGCGGGUAAUAAUGAGGAGUUCCCCAUACCCACUCGGACCGUUAUUCUUUCGAGCGACAAGAUGGCUUCGAGAAGACUCAUAUAUCUCCUUUCGGCAUUCUUGCCGACCAAGAGCUUUCCCCAGUGGGAUGGACUCCCGCCGCCUUCAAGGACUUCGUCGAUCAAUUAUCUUUCCCAAUCGCCGCCCAUCUCGGGGGCAAUGGGAAACGGCAUGGGGGGCAAGAAGAGCUCUCUACGGAACAGAGCCAAGAGGAAGCCCAGUAAGCUUAGCAUGGUCACUGGUGAUGAAGAGGGGGUGGUUGUCGGAUGGGAUAUCCCCGCGGCGACUAGUGGGGAGUCAAGCACUGCGCCAUCUGUGUUGCAACUUCCUUUGGCGAAUCCUGCACGAAAAGCGGGGAGUGCAGGGGCACUAACCACGGCCCCAAGCUCCGUGACUGCUAUGCCGGCUAAUGCACCGGGGAGCCCCCAGAAAGGUGAUGUGCGUCCGAGCAGCAGCAACAGUGCAGCAAGUAUGAAUCUAAUGAGCACACUAAAAAGAACUGGGACUGCAAACACAAGCAUGGAUUCAAAUAGUGGAUGGGGUAGUUUUCUCAGUUUCUGGAGCCAUUCAAAAACAGGGUCUACCGCCCCAAGCGAAAACAGCCUGCAGCACGAUGACGGUUUUGAUGUGAUUGGUAGGGGUGGGGCAAUCAGUGGCGAUGAGAGGGAGCCGGUGGACGUCGGGGAAUUGUACUUGGAGGAUGACGAUCUGCAGCAUCAUCACCACCAUAAGCAACACAGUGCGCCACCGUCGCUACCCGCACACCAUGGUUUCCACAAUCACCACCUUCAGUUUUCCGAGAGCCAAGUGAGGUUAUCAGUCGACGAGAAUGAUGGGGUGGUCGACGUUGACAUCCCGAUGCCAUCCCUGGACUUCCCGACAACCGGAUACACAUCUCCCGUCAGCUCUCCAUCCAGUUCCGGAUGGGCAAUGUCAAUGCCAUCCUUGGAGAGCAUGGGCAAUGGGUUCCUGGGGUCUGGCAUGAGUUUCUCAUCUGGAAUGGUAAUGCCCAGCUGGAUUACCGAUCUUGAAGAGAACGCGGUCAAUGUAGCGGGGUGGCUGGACGAUGAAAAGUUCCAUCCCGAUUUCGCCCUCCAAGCCGUGAAACCAUACCCGGAAGUUGAAGAGGAGAUCAAGAGAGCCAUGAGGGCCGAGGCAACACCCCGCCAGCCAAUGGGCGCCACACCUGCUUCCGAGUCUGGCGGCACCAGUCAGGAGAGCCCCAACGACAGAUGGAUCGAGGUCUGCUCGGUCCUAAUCGCAGACACGAGGGAACGCAUGAUAAAACGCCUUCGUCUCCGUCGACGCAGCAAGAAACCGGUUGCCUCUCCGGGAACCACCUCACCACUACCCAGUGUGCUAGGUGCUUACCGCCAUCUACAUAUCCAACAGCCGUCACUCGUUGCAUCAGGUCCAUACUUUGGCACCGCCGCCACGGCCGCCGCUGCUCAAGAGGGGGGGGAGGAGGAAGUAAUCGACGAAGAACUCGUAUGCGAUGUCGAUGACGUUCUCGCUACCGCUGUGGAAAAAGUCAUUGGUAUAUCCGCCACUCCCCUCCCACGGCCACAAACUGGUGGUGGUGGCAGCCGCACCACCGCCCGCGACGGAGGGGACGAACUCCAAAAACUCAAUGUCCAGGGAUGCAAGUGUAUGGUUCUUGGAGCUCUGGAGAAUGUUGUUCGCGCCGUUGCGCAGGAACCCGGGAACGUUGUGGAGAACUUUUUGACGGAGGGGGUUGCAAAGUGGCUUAGCGAUAUUCAGGAGGCUUGCUGAUUUCCUUUCUUUCUUUCUUCCCCCCUAGUUUCUUGGUCUCUGCCUAUAUUAUCAUGACGGACGGUGCAUUUGCUUCUGUUUCUUUUCUCUCUCCUGUUCCCUUUUUGUCUUGGGUGCUUGAUAGUCCGUGAUUCCCCGAAGACUUCGCCUCACUUCAUCUCACUUUUCUUUUGCACACGGCAUGGUCGGUUGGGCUAUCGGAGUUCGUGGGGUUUUUUCUUCUCAUUUCUCUUUACAUGCGGGUUAAACUCUCCAUGAUGGGCCGGAUCGGAGCAUAGCCUUUGUUUUAUCCUUCACGUUGUUUCAUAAUAUCAGGUCACAGCUUUUGCUUAUUAUUACUGUCCGGUUUUACCUUAAUUAAUGGGGGGGGGGGUGUACUUUUAGAGAUAUUCCAUUUUUCCCUUGCUUCCCGACUACUUUACGUUUAGUUUGGUUUGGUUUGAUUUGGCUGUCUUUCCGUUUCAUUUGAUGUUCAUUUCACCCAGCGCUGGCAUUUCUGUUUGUGGGGUCUUAUUUCUACGAUGGCCGGUGUUUCGGUGUUUUUGCACCUUUUCUUUCCCCCUUUUUUCCCAUUGCAUAAUGGAUGGGCGAGAGUGAUGGCAUGAGAUUGGUCUCCAUCUAGCCACACCACUCGCUUCAACCGCACUCGCUGGCUGGUCCUUUAUAACUGAUGUACCAACACGGUACUUGUAUGGUAGAUCGAAAUGGUCCUGGUGGGGGGGCGUUGGAGCUUUGCUUUACCUUGCUUUACUGGUAUCAUACUUUUCACGGAGUUGAGGAUCACCCACUCUUACACACACAUAUAUAUAUAUGUAUGCACU